AUGAAGUUGAUGGAGAUGAUGAUGCUGGGCCCCGGCCGGCCCCUGCCUGCCUUCCCCACCUCAGAGUGUACCUCGGACGUGGAGCCGGACACCCGGGAGAUGGUUCGAGCACAGAACAAGAAGAAGAAGAAAUCCGGAGGCUUCCAGUCCAUGGGUGGGUGGUCUCCCUUCGUGGGAUGGGGGGGGUGGCUGUGGCAUUGUUUAGAAAAAGAGCCUAAAGAUCACCACGCAGUGAAGCUGACACCUCCUCUCCUCCCUAGAAUGGAAGAUCAGUUUGCCGCCCUGCACGAAAAUCCUGACAUAAUCAUCGCGACCCCUGGGAGGCUGAUGCACGUGGCUGUCGAGAUGAACCUGAAGCUUCAGAGCGUGGAGUAUGUGGUGUUUGAUGAGGCCGACAGACUCUUCGAGAUGGGCUUUGCUGAGCAGCUGCAGGAGAUCAUCAGCCGCCUCCCCGGGGGCCAGCAGACCGUGCUGUUCUCAGCCACGCUGCCCAAACUGCUGGUGGAGUUUGCCCGGGCCGGCCUCACGGAGCCCUCGCUCAUCCGCCUGGACGUGGACGCCAAACUAAACGAGCAGCUCAAGACCACCUUUCUCCACGUGCGCGAGGACACCAAGCCCGCCGUGCUGCUCCACCUGCUGCGCAACGUGGUGCGACCCCAGGACCAGACCGUGGUGUUCGUGGCCACGAAGCACCACGCCGAGUACCUCACCGAGGUGAGCAGGGGGCCCGUGCCACCUGCGGCCCUCGACCCUACGGCCCGUAAGAUCAACCUGGCCAAGUUCAUCCACAGCAAGUGCUCCGCCCUCAUUGUGACCGACCUGGCCGCCCGUGGCUUGGACAUCCCGCUGCUGGACAACGUCAUCAACUACAGCUUCCCCGCCAAGGGCAAGCUCUUCCUGCACCGCGUCGGCCGGGUGGCCCGAGCCGGCAGAAGUGGCACAGCCUACUCCUUGGUGGCCCCAGACGAGGUCCCCUACCUGCUGGACCUGCACUUGUUCCUGGGCCGAUCGCUCACCCUCGCCCGCCCCCACGAGGAGCCCCCAGGGGCAGCCAGCGUGGACGGUGUGCUGGGCCGGGUGCCGCAGAGCGUGGUGGACGACGAGGACUGCGGCCUGCAGAGCGCGCUGGGGGCCUCGCUGGAGCUGCGGGGCCUGAGCCGCGUGGCCGACAACGCUCAGCAGCAGUAUGUGCGCUCCAGGCCAGCGCCCUCGCCCGAGUCCAUCAAGAGGACCAAGGCACUGGACCUCACAGCACUGGGCCUGCACCCGCUCUUCAGCCUGCGCUUCGAGGAGCAAGAGCUGCAGCGGCUGCGGCUGGUGGACAGCAUCAAGAAGUACCGAGCCCGGGCGACCAUCUUUGAGAUCAAUGCCUCCAGCCGGGACCCGAGCAGCCAGGUGAUGCGUGCCAAGAGGCAGAAGGACCGAAAGGCCAUCGCCAGCUUCCAGCGGCAGAGGCUCCAGGGGCAGCAGGAGGGUCCCAGCGCCCCUGCCCCUGCUCCCGCCCCCACGGAGGAGCAGCCCGAGGGGCAGGAGGAAGAAGAGGACUUGGGAGCCGGUGUGGAGGAUGUCUUCACAGAGGUUGUGAGCAGGAAGCGGCCGCGGCAGCCAGGCCCUGACGGGGGCGCCAAGCGGCGGCGGGCAGAGGCACAGCAGCACGACCCAGACUUCUAUGUGCCCUACCGGCCUAAGGACUUCGACAGUGAGCGAGGCCUGAGUGUCGGGGACAGUGGGGCCUUCGAGCAGCAGGUGGCCGGUGCCGUCCUGGACCUGAUGGGCGAUGAAGCCCAGAACCUGACUCGGGGGCAGCAGCAGCUCAAGUGGGACCGGAAGAAGAAGCGGUUCGUGGGGCGCUCUGGGCAGGAGGACAAGAAGAAGAUCAAGACAGAGAGUGGGCGCUACAUCAGCAGCUCCUACAAGCGUGACCUCUACCAAAAGUGGAAGCAGAAGCAGAAGAUUGAUGACCGGGACUCAGAGGAGGAGGGGCCGAGCCAGCGGCGAGGCCCCCCGCAGAGAGGCAGGAGGAGGCACCAAGGCCCAGGUGCCUCGCCCCAUCCCACGGGCACCCCCACAGGCCGAGUGCACUCUGAGCUGAAGACCAAGCAGCAGAUCCUGAAGCAGCGACGCCGAACACAGAAGAUGCACUUCCUGCAACGCGGGGGCCUCAAGCAGCUCUCAGCCCGCAACCGCCACCGAGCCCGGGAGCUACAGAGGGGCGCCUUUGGCCGGGGCGCCCACUGCAAGAAGGGCAAGAUGAGGAAGAGGAUGUAAGGACAGGGACCCGGCCCCACGGGCUCACUGGCACCCACUUCCGGAGUUCCUGCUGCAAGCCUGGGCCUGUGCUGGGGGGCCAUUCCUCCAGGGCCCUGAAGGCUGCCUAGGAGUUCGCCAGCAGAGCUGGGCAGGCCAUGCCCUGAGCUGGUGCUACUUGACGUGGCUGCCGCGGCUCCCAUAUGUGCCUGUGGACGGGGACAUUGUUGUUUUCCGUGUAAUAAACCUUGAUGGAGCA